AUGGAUGUAAAUAGCCAUGAAAUCGAUAAAUUAAAAGUCUCAGAUACGAAAUGUUCUUAUUGCGGUAAUCCAUUUGCCAAGAAAUUAUGGUGUAAAGAAUGUGAUCCUUGGUGUAUGAUUGAAGGAUGGACUAGUGGAAAUUCCGAUAUUGAUAAAUUCAUGAAAGGAACGAUAUAUGAAGCAAGAAAUAAAGAAUGUCGUCCAAGAUUUCUUGAAUGGGUGCCUUUUUAUAGAUUCACAGGUAUAAAAGAAAUUAGUGAAGGAGGAUUUUCCAAAGUGUAUUCUGCAACAUGGAUCGAUGGUGAAUCGAACUUUUAUAAGCAAGAUGACGGAAGUUGGAAAAAGUUUGAUCCUAAACCUAUGAAGGUUGCUUUGAAAAGAUUAAAUGGAUCACAGGAUAUGUCAGAUAAUUAUUUUAGUGAG